AUGAGAGGACAUUCUACAUUUGCAGUUUUUCACUCGUGUUUCUCAUCGGAGGUACUGCCUGAGGGGAUAUACCAGCUAUACCUGAAAGAAAUCAUCACUGAUUUACAUGAAGAGUUCCCUGAUUCCUCAUUUCUUGCUUUUAAUUUUCGGGAAGGUGAAAAGAGGAGCCAGUUUGCAGGGAUUUUGUGUGAGUAUGAUGUCACGGUUAUGGAUUAUCCAAGGCAAUACGAGGGGUGUCCCUUGUUGCCACUGUCUUUGAUUCGCCAUUUCCUUCGUGUUAGUGAGAGUUGGCUUUAUCUUGGGAAUAGCCAGAAUGUAGUUUUGUUCCACUGCGAUAGAGGUAGUUGGCUGGUCCUCGCCUUUGUUUUAGCUGGUUUCCUGGUUUACAGGAAGUUGCACAGCGGCGAGAGGAAAACUCUUGAAAUGGUUUACAAAGAAGGUCCAAAGAAGGAUUGUGACGUGAUAAAGAUCGAUAUACAAUGUCUGGUGCAAGGGGAUGGUGUACUUGAAUGUGUCCAUUUAGACUUGGAUCCAGAAAGGGAAGUGAUGAUGUUUCGAGCAAUGUUCAAUACAGCUUUUAUUCGGUCCAAUAUUCUUAUGCUCAACUCUGAGAACUUGGAUAUUCUUUGGGACUCAAAGGCACGGUUUCCUAAAGGCUUUCGAGCUGAGGUGCUAUUUGGAGAUGUUGAGACCCGUUCUCCCUCAAAAGCCCCAGCUGCAAUCUUAAAUGGGGAGGAACAUGGUGGACUGCCUAUUGAAGCUUUCUCUCGGGUGCAAGAACUUUUUGGUGGUGUAGAUUGGGUUGACUCCAGUAAUGAUGCCACUUUAUGGUUACUUAAAUAA